AUGAAUACAACGAGGAAUCAAGAAGGAACGACAAUUCAUUCUUUGUGCGGUCGCACAAUCACGCGACUCGGCAAUAAUCCCGUCGUGAAGUCGGGCGAUCUCCGCUCCCACGAAGCAGCAACGCUUCGUUGCAUUGCGGCAAACACAACAAUCCCUGUGCCCAAAGUCCAUGGUAUCCAUUGGGAAAAUGGUAAAGUCGCGUCUUUCGUGAUGGACUACAUGCCUGGCAAGCGACUCGACGAAGCAUGGGAUACUUUGGACUCCAACCAGAAGCUCUCUAUUGCCGACGAGCUUCAUUCCUAUAUAAAUCAACUCCGCGAAUUGAAAGGUGACGACAUCGGAGCCAUUGAUCGUGGCAAGGCUAUAAUAGGACAGAUUGCCUCUAUUGAAGGCGGCCCAUUUGAUUCCGAGCAACAGCUCAACGAGUUUAUUCUGGGGGAUAUUGUCAAGUCGGCACCAGAUCUACUGCGACAUUAUGCCAAAUUUGCGCUUAUGGAUAACCAUGAGAUUGUUUUCACUCAUGCUGAUUUCUCCCCGCGGAAUAUCCUUGUCGAAAGAGACCGGGUCACGGCUAUCCUUGACUGGGAAUAUGCUGGCUGGUAUCCGGAACACUGGGAAUAUAUUCAGGCGCUUCGGCAACUGAAACCGAUGCCUGACUGGCCAGAAUAUCUCUCACAUAUUCUUCCACCCCUGUUCGAAAGAGAAUACAUAGGAAUGUGCUUCCUAACUCGUCUCUUGCGUCAUUAG